GCCAAGUCCACAGACAGUGAGCUCAGUUUGAAAAUUUCCAACUUCACAGACACAUCAUGCGCUCUCUGCUCCCUUUCCUCUGCCUUUUCCUGGCCAGGACUAAAGGAGCAGUGGCAUCGGACCCUUCUAUGCCCUUCAUGGUUUACCUGGACCAGGACCAUCUGGUUUGCCUGAAGUGGGGCUUUGAUAAUCUGCAAGGAAACAUUGUAUUCAAACUGACUGUCAACACCACGGGCUGGGUAAGCUUUGGCAUGAGUCCCAACGGAGGAAUGAAGGGGUCAGAUAUCGUCAUAGGGGGACUUGGACCCAGUGGAAGCUACUUCUCAGAUCGCUACGCCACAGGGAACGCCAUGCCUUUGCUGGAUGCACAGCAGAGCUACACUCUCCUGUCUCUGACUGAAAGUGAAGGUCAAACCAUCAUGACCUUUCAGAGGUCCAUUCAGGCCUGUGAUGACAAAGACUUCCAUAUCACUGAUGAACCCAUUAAGCUGAUCUAUGCAUAUGGAACAACAGAUGAGAUUAGCUACCAUGGAGCUCGCAGAGGCACCAAGGAGGUCAACCUGCUGAAUUUUAAGAUCAGGACGUCCCUACCCAACCUCAACUAUCUCAGUGCCACAGUGGAAAAUAUCACUGUCCCCCCCAUUCAAACCUACUACCACUGCAAGGUCAUGAAAUUUCCAAACUUAAAUACAAAACAUCACAUAUAUCAGAUUGAACCGGUGAUUGAGCACCAUGACAUCGUUCAUCACAUGCUUCUGUACAGCUGUCCCUCCUUUGUGGCGCAAACGUCCGACAAGCCGUGCUACGUGGGCAGCAUGGAGGAUACCUGCUUAGGGGUGGUGGCCGCAUGGGCAGUGGGAGGAGAGGUAUUUGAGUUUCCAGAAAAUGCGGGUAUUCCCAUUGGUGGUGGGGACAGUGAUACAUACUACAGGCUGGAAGUCCAUUAUAAUAACCCAGACCUUGCAACAGGCAGGAUAGAUAACUCCGGACUAAGACUGUACUAUACGUCCCAACUCCGGCAGCAUGAUGUGGGCAUCAUGACUACAGGUGUGCUGCCGUUUAAUCAUAUACAGUACAACAUCCCUCCAAAAGCCCCUCAAUUCCACAUCUACGGCUUGUGCAAUACCUCUCUCUUUUCUCAGCUGGUGAGUCCGGUUCCUGAUCUUCACAUGUUUGCUGUGAUGCUGCACACUCACUUGGCUGGGAGGAAAGUCAGAGUUGCCCACUACAGAAAUGAAAAACAGAUUGACUUCUUGGGCUUGGAUGAUAACUACAACUUUAAGAUACAGCAGAUCAUCAGUUCUGGAAACAUCAAGACCAUCAAGCAAGGUGAUGAGAUUGCAGUGGAGUGCACCUACAACACUGUUGAUCGCACUGGAGUCACUGAGAUGGGGUUAGCAACCACCGAUGAGAUGUGCCUGGCCUUCCUGUUCUACUACCCUGCAAUCAAGAUCAAAUCAUGUGUUAGCCACCCAAAUACAAAGUUUCUAUCAAAUUCAAGCUCCCAGAUGUCUGGAGAGACCACAAACCAGGAGGAAAUUGCUGAGUAUCAGAGUUUGGUAAAUGCUCUACCACAAAUUGAGCUGAUCUCUGAUGAUGAUCACAACUUCAGAAAAUAUGUAAAUGGCACCAUCAGGGAGAUGAUGAAGACUCCAACUGUAAUGUGUCGGAAUAAUAACUCGUCAAGCAGACUUCACGCUCCCUGGAUCUUGAGCCCAGCAGGAGUCAUGCUUUUGCUGCUCUGGAUUGUGAUAAUGUAACACGAUUGUUUGAUCAACAGAUGCAAUCUAUUGCAGUCUAGAUAAAGGAAGGUACAGUUGAUAAAUCUCUGUUGAUUGAUAAAAAUGAAUUGGGGUAUAUUCAACUUCACUCGACAAAGUGUAUCCAUUUUAUAUUUGUAUUUUUCUAUCUUUUCAUCACAUAUCUUUUCUCUUUGGUAUGAACUGUUAAUCAUUUGGUUGUCAUAUUAUUUAGCAACUGUCAUAUUGAUUACCAUACUGAGAUUGACAUUUCUAUCUCACUUUUUUAUUCUGUUUCAUAAAAGCACUACAUGGUUGGCCA